AUGCCGCCUCGAAUCCUCGUCUUUGGCACUGGUAGCAUCGGCGCCGUAUACGCCUACAUCUUCUCGCGGGCGGUCACGCCUGCGAACGUAUUCACAGUCUGUCGGUCUAACUUCGACGUCGCCUCCAAGAAUGGUUUCACCAUCAACUCGACGAUCUUCGGCCAGAAUCUCAACAUCCGACCGCACGUUGUCCGCACCGUGGCCGACGCUGUGCGCCUGUCCUUAGGCCAACCUUUCGACUAUGUGGUCAUCACGGCCAAAGCCAUCCCGACAACCCCAUCGCUCCCAGAACAAAUCCACCCGGCCGUCUCAGAGAAUACGACCAUUGUCUUGAUCCAAAACGGCAUCGGCAUCGAAGCUCUCUACCGGUCUUCCUUCCCAUCCAAUCCCAUUCUCAGCUGUGUGGUCUAUUUGCCCGCAACCCAGACCUCCCCCGGCACCAUCUCCCACCGUGAAGUCGAACGGCUGCACAUCGGCACGUACCCUGCGAUGGCACCAGCGGCACACAAGACCAGCGCAGGGACCUUCUCGAAUCUGAUCCAGCAAGGUGGUGGCACCGCAAUUGUGCACGAGGACGUUCAACAUGAGCGCUGGAAGAAGCUCCUGGUGAACGCGUCGUGGAACCCGAUCUGCGCUCUCUCGCGGAGCCGAGACGCACAAUUUCUCGUCUCAUCCCCUUUUGCUCCCGACUUGGUGGAGAAAAUGAUGCUUGAGAUCGCUUCGAUCGCACAGGCGUCCGGUUACAGCUCCAUCUCACCAACGGUGGUGACCCACCAGAUCGGGCGGGCGAAAGCGCGCGCUCUCCCUGGUAUCGAGCCGAGCAUGCUCGCUGACGCCCUUGCGGGGCGAAACAUGGAGGUCGAUGCUAUCGUAGGUAACGCGCUGCGCAUCGCCGAGGAGAAGGGCGUCACCACCCUGCUGCUGAAAGCAGUUUACGCGCUGAUCAACGCCCUCGACAGGAGCUUUACUCGGGAUAAAGAGAAAAAUGCCAGUGAGAAGUAG